AGGUAGGCAGCGGCCAAGAUUACGUGACCUCAGAAAACCAGCUGCUCUACUACCCUAGCAUUACCUACGCUAUCAUUGGCAGCUCUGUCAUUUUCGUGCUCGUGGUGGCCUUUCUCGCCUUAGUCCUGCAUCACCAGCGGAAGCGCAACAACCUCAUGACGCUGCCGGUGCACCGGCUGCAGCACCCCGUCCUUGUGUCCCGGCUGGUGGUCCUGGACCACCCGCACCACUGCAGCGUCACCUACAACGUCAACAACGGGAUCCAGUAUGUGUCCAACCAGGCCUACCACAGGCCAGUGGACCUGGACUCUCCACCCUCCUAUUCAGAGGCUGUGCUCGACCAAAGCAGACCACCUUGGUUUGACCUUCCUCCCCCACCUUAUUGUUCUGAAUCUGAGUCCCCCAAUCAGCUGGAUCUUCCUCCGUACCGAUCUCGGACAGGAAGCUUGGUGAGCACAGACAGCCCCGUGGCAGGAAGCCCUCUGGGCACCGCUGGCCAGAGAGACAACAUGGCAAGAGACAGCAUGGAUGGCCACAGAACUUUUCUCGAGAGGACAGCAGAUCCAGGUGUAUCUCUGGUCAACCACAUUGCUGAAGGAGAGGUGUAA